AUGGAGGCGAUUUUUCAUGAGAAGGUACAUUUUUCAGUCGAUUUCUUUCUUCCUCUAAACUUGCAAAUGUUUAAUCUUAUUCAUAACGACUAGUUUUUGUUUGUUAUACAGCAAGAAGGUUCUCUUUGUGCCCAACACUGCCUGAAUGCUUUACUACAAGGUAAACUUUUUCUAAUGUAAACCCGGUGAAAACCUCUCCUCAAAAAAGUUUAUUUCCUGUGGAUCAGCUCUAGAUCGUUUCUUUCCUCAGUGACUAUAAUUCAUAUAAUGCCCAUCUCUGUACAAUGAAAACUAUUGUAACAGAACUCUUGGAUCGAUGCUAGCUCUGAAAGACUGGCAUAUAUAUCUGGCUGCAUAUAACAUAGAAUCAAGUGCUACAUCUUUUGUAGCUUGGGAGUUUCAAUUUUAAUCUAAUUAUUGAAGUUUGAGCUCAUUUUAAUUCAAUAGUAAUUGCCUCUUUAGAUGACGAUCUCCUUUAUCAAGGCAUUUCUAAGUAGAUAACUUUAACAGUGAGCAAACAUUAAAAAUGACUUUCUAGAAUAUAGUCCUUUUUUCUUGUCAACCUAAAGUACUGAAAGAGGAUGUCAAAUUUAUUGUAGCUUUUCCCUGAGAUAAUGACUGGCAGAAGUUCUUAAAAAUGUUAUCAACGAAAUACAAUAAUUAACCCAAAAGAUCCCAUCUUUUCAUUCCAAAAAUAAUUUGACCUUAUGAUUUUUAUGCCAUUUGAAGGGCAUUUUCACUUUCCAAGCUGGAAUAACUAUAUAUUGUGUUUUGUUUGCAAUGUAAGUUCUUUCUACGUGAUUGGAUGAAUUCCUGAAACAUGAGUUGAUCAUCUGUGAUCAUUUCAGAGACAAUAUACCCUUUUUUUGCCAUAAAACAGAAUGAUGUUAUGUAGUUUAAACGUGAUUCUAUCCCUUUUUCAAUUUGAAAUGUAGGCCCUUACUUCACUGCAGUAGACUUGGCUGAUAUAGCAAGACAACUUGAUGAAGAUGAAAGAGACAGAAUGGCAGAGGGCGAUGUCACAUCUAAAGAUUAUCAGGAAUUUCUAAAGGUGCAACAAGGAUUUUAUGUAGUGCUUGUAGAACUAGUUAAUAUAUUUAUCUACCAUAAUACAUGCGCCCUAACCUCAUUCUCAGGGUUGUCCCUACACAGCCCCCUCUUUCACUCGGGUUCUGAGUAGGAAAGCACACUAGGAACGUGUUUGCGUGCACCCUAAUGUGCCUGUAUGUGUUAUCUUUGAUUGAAAUUUAUUUUUCUUUGACUCUAACUCAUUGUGUCAUGCAUUAGCUACCCACUAAAAGUUAGACUAAGGAUAAAAUUGAACUUCAAUAUAUCUAACCUAUAGUGUAAUAUAACAAAAUGAAAUGUAAUGCAGUCAUAUUUAUGGUUAGAAUUAUUUCCUCUAUUUCAAUCAGCAACCUUCUUCAAACAUGGAUGACAGUGGAUUCUUCUCCAUUCAGGUAUCAAUGAAACGUUCUUUUGUUUGGCUGAUGGUGGUGGUGGGGGGGGGGGGGGGGGUUAAUAUUCAUCUCAUUCAGCAGUGGUGGGUCCAGGGGAGGGGCCUGGGAGCCCAGGCUCCUUCCUUAUGUUUUGGUCAAACUGAGGCCCAAAGAGCUGAAAAAGUUUUUUGGAGACCAACCCCCUUAUCUCAAGGUCUGGAGCCAGCACUGUUCAGUGGUUUGGUAGGCAUUUUUCAAACAAUUAAUGACUGGUACUAAAGAAAAAAGUCAGUUUUGUUUCCUGAUACCUUUAUAGGUACCAGAAGGUUUUUCUUGUGUGUGGUGGGGUGCUUCGGGUUUGAGCUGACAGAUCUUCCGCUGAAGGCCGAAGCCAUGAGUGGGAAAGAGGUGAGAAAAACCUCUGGUAUGGAGUUAUGCUAUUAACCAUCCAGCCAUCUGCAAGCACAGGAGUUGGUGUCUUCAUCUCAAGCAUCCUACCACAUACACGAAAUCACCACUGCUGCACCCUUACAUAAAAAUGUACCUGGUAAUAUUCCUUGACAUUUUGCAUGUUCUGCUAUAGUUUCUUUAGAUUUAAAAGGUUAAAAAUAAUAAAAUCAAAUAUCCUGCUCAAAUUGAACAUUUCUUAAUAUAAAUGACCAGUUGACUGACUGUAAAGUAAAAUAGUAUUGCCAACAAUUUUAUUGUUUGACUUAGUUUUGUUUUUGUUUUUGUUUUUUUUUUUAGGUUAUAUGCAAUGCACUUAGAGUAUGGAAUAUUGAACUGAUUCCAUUCCUUAGUCCAGAUGCCGGACAGGCAAGAGAAAAUCCUCAGUAAGCUUUGGUACUCUACUGAAACUUUUUUUACAACCACAACUUUUAUUUAAACACGGCUAGAAUGACAGCUUAUGGGGCAGUGUACAUAUUUAAUAACAUUAAACACAUGCCAAUUAAAGUACUUAAUUGUAAUUAAGAAUCUAUACCUAAAGAGUAGAAAUUACUAAAAUACUUUUUCUAUCAAGAAAAAAUAUAAAUAUUAAUAUAUCAUAGACUAAUAAACCGCUUUGAAUCAUUGAUCAUGUGGUAUUAAAUUGAUUAUUAGUCAGUAAAAGAUGAAAUCACUGUCAUUGGACAUGUUUUUAUUUUGAGAUUUUUGAGGGUUUGAGAGUUUACGGCCAAGUUUAUCAAUUGAUGCACUCCCUGUGUUUCUACUGACAUGUUGAUGAAGCAGCCACCAUUGAUUAAUCUCAGGUGGUAACAAAUACCUCCUACUAAUAAAUAAGUUAAAGAUCCGUACUCAACUGGAAGUUAUUACAACCCAGUUUUGAAACUUUGGAUCACAGGUUGAUUGCCUAGUUGCUUUUUAUCCCACAAAAAAUAAGUUCUGCAACUUUCAGAACAGACUAAGAAAACAAGGUCUGAAUGAUAUUUAAUAAUGGUAAUUGAACUGAGGGGAGUACAAUUUGAUCUGAAAUCAAACUCUUUUAAAAUCAAUUUGAAAUCCCAAGUAUGAUUUCAGACCAAAAUUGCAUGACACAUAGUUUUGAUAUUUUAUUACUCUUGCUUUCCUCAAACUAGAAAUCAGAGGGCAUUCAUAUGUAAUUUACAACAACAUUGGCUAACAAUACGAAAGCUGGGUAAUCAGGUAAUGGACCAAAAUAAAAAGAGACUGCUGGUUUGAAGAUGGUCAAACCUCUCCUUACAGGUGGCUGUUUUGUAGACUGAUGGACAAACCUGUAAUAGCACAGAAGCUGAGUGUGUCUCUUUGAUGUUUAAAUUAGAGUGGUUUGACUGUACACUGUAAUAUGGUUAUCAACGUAAAUUUUCAAAGCAGUGUAUUACCGUUAAAACCUGUUAAAUCAAGUAGAGCUGUUUAUUAUGAAGCUAGUAAUGAUACUGCUGUAGCCAAAAGAGAUGUCAAAAACAUUUGGGUUGAGAGUGAUACACUAUGCCUGCUUCAAAAUGUAAUGAUAGCCCUGGGUCCAGCUGCAUAAAGAAACCUGAGAUAAGAGGGGGAAUUUUGCCAAUGCUGUCUGCCCUUCACUAUCUUUCGUUUUGGCCAAUUUAUCCUUAUCAUAUUAUAAUCCUCCUUUGGCAUCUCUGACAACAAGCACUUGGAAUUUCUUGUUCUAAAUCACUUAACUGGCCAAUUCACUGUAUUAACUAAGGUGAAAAUGCUAUAUUGUGAUGGUUAUUCAAGUUCCGUUUACUUUUGUUCCUUUUAGUGGUUUAAUCUCAACUCACUGCUGGCCAAACCAGAGUUAAUUUCAGAAACAUACUUGUCCUUAUAUCUGAAACAGCUACAAACAGAAGGUGAGAGAAGCAUGAAAUCAUGAUGGGACUAGUAGCUAGGAAAUGUUUAAUGAAUUGUUGCCUAAUACAGUGACCACUCCCAACCCCAACCCCACCCCCAUGCAUGUGCAUGAAGGUUAAUUUUAAUUUUUUAGGAGGUGUCUGUAUUCCCCUAGAAAUAAUUUUUAAGAUGUUGUAUAGAAAUUUGAUAUUCAAUAUCUUUAUUAUCAGUAGUUUGUUUCCAAAUAAAAUAACUUCUUUUAGAUAGUAAAUAGUUUUUAAAUAGUUAAAAUUUCUAAAUAAGACUCUAGAUAGUUUUCUAAAUACUAUUUUUUCUUGUUUUUAAAUUCCUUCUUUUAAUGUUAAUUUUUAUCUUUUCAUAGUGAUAGUGUAAAAUUAUUUUAAUAUUAAUUUUGUUUUUGUGUUUUAUAGAGGGCCACAAGUUUAUCAGUUUUUUCAUAACUGUCACGUGUUUACCCUCUUUGAAUAAAAGCAUUACCUUACCUUACCUUACCUAUCAACACCAUAAACUGCCCCCACCCACCCCCUCCCCCAGCAAGUUAGUAGUACGUAGAGGAUCCAAAGCAUAGCAGACAAGAUUCUGGAUGGUCUGUAAGAGUGUUGCUCAGUAUUUUUAAGAAUGGGGAAUGCAAAGGUAAAGUCUAGGAAAGAGCUUAAGCUAGCCUACGGUGUUCACUGAUUGGAAACUGUGACCCAGCAAACACAGGGCUUAUCUUAAAUACCAAGCUUGAUUGACCAAUGAUGAUGAUUAUGAUGUUUCCUGUGUUUUGUCUUACAACAAGUUGCUGUGGCCAGUUUAGUUCAGUUUUAGCAUUUUAAGGGGCUGAAAUCAUUCAUUAGCAUUGAAACACUUUGCUGAUCAAGAUGUUAAUGAUUAUUUGAGAGUCCAACAUAAAUAACCAUUAACCUUAUGUCAAUCUUCCUUUUUAUAGGUUACUCCAUAUUUGUUAUCAUGGGAAGACUGCCAGAAAGUGAAGCAGAUCAGUUAUUAAAGCUGUGUCCAGCUAAACCUGAGAAAAAGCCUCCUACUAAAAUGACUUCGUAUCAAUUUGUAAAUAAAUCUGAUUUAUCGGCUGCCCUUCAGCAAGCAACUACAAUAGGUAAAAGAAAUGUUUUGUUUUUUGUAGGUUAAAGGAAGAGAAACACCAGACCCUUUUUACUAGUGUGAAUAGAUAUAGUACUUAAGUCUGCUUGAUUUUCUCCUGUUUUGUCCUGAUUAUUUUAACGAGCCAAUCAUUAACUUUUGUACAUCUUUCCUUAAGUAAAGAACUUUACAUGUCACAAAUUUUGAAAAUUUCUGCCACAAUGUAUAGUGUCCUGCAUUGCUACGUAUUGCUCCUCAACAACCACUCAGGGUAUGCAAGGCAUUUUUAGUGACAAGAGGUUGCUUGUUGUGACCACCAACUCUUGUGGGUUUUGGGUGAUUGUUUCAGUUAAGGUUGUACUGAUGGGCGGGUGUUAAGUUUACUUCCAUAUUUUUUUCUGAAAGUCAUGGUCAUUAAUUUGCCAGUAAGAGCAUUGGUAGCCUGUAAUAUAAACCUCAUUUUUCUUUUAUUUAAUGUAUCAUAAAUCAGACCAACCUGUAGAUAUGGAAGACGUUAGAAGAAAGCGAGAGUUAUAUUUUACAAGGUAA